AGACGCGACGCGACGCACGGUAGCGCUGCGCAUCGUCGGAAGCGAGCGGUGGGUAGGCCGGAGGCAAAAGAACGAGGACCGCGUUCCGUCGAGGUGGUGCCAGUUUCGCAGUGCCGCGUAGUGUAGUGUUUUUUCUCUUCCUCUCUCCGCCGCGCCCUUCUCCCCCGCGCUUCCGAGUGCAGUGUGCAUCGAUGAGGAGGCCGCCUGUACCUCCCCCCCCGAUGACUGAAUAGUGUGCAUUUUAGUACGAGGACCGAGACUACCUGGGAGCGCUUGAGGAGCACAUCCCCCGAGACUCCCCCGAUCAAAAUCACUCGCCUAACCUCUCCCCUGUCCUCCUUGCCCUCCUCCGCGUCCUUCCCCUCCGCGAACGUCGAGAAGGUCUCCAAUCGAAGCCACAAGAUCCGCAAUCACGCAAUGGACGGCAUGGACAACAAACCGGUGUUGAACGAUGAUCCCUCGGUCACCCUGACCAUUCGCCUGAUUAUGCAGGGCAAAGAAGUUGGUAGCAUUAUCGGGAAAAAAGGAGAGAUUGUCAAGAGGUUCCGUGAAGAAUCCGGCGCGAAAAUCAAUAUCUCCGACGGUUCCUGUCCGGAACGGAUAGUGACUGUCACCGGGCCGACGAACUCGAUCUUCAAGGCGUUCACGCUGAUAUGCAAGAAGUUCGAGGAGUGGUGCUCUCAGUUCCACGACGUUCCGGGUAGCGGUGCCGGAGGUGGCGGUGGUGUAUCGAGGCCGCCCAUCACACUCAGACUGAUUGUCCCCGCUUCGCAAUGCGGCUCCCUGAUCGGCAAGGGUGGUUCCAAGAUCAAAGAAAUUCGGGAAGUUACUGGCGCCUCCAUUCAAGUCGCUUCUGAGAUGCUGCCUAAUUCGACGGAACGUGCAGUAACCAUAUCCGGUACCAGCGAGGCAAUCACGCAAUGCAUAUAUCAUAUCUGCUGCGUUAUGCUAGAGUCCCCUCCCAAAGGUGCCACGAUCCCUUAUCGCCCCAAACCCCAAGUCGGUGGGCCAGUGAUCCUGGCUGGUGGGCAAGCCUACACCAUCCAGGGUAAUUACGCGGUGCCCGCCCACUCGGACGUAAGUACAGUAUUACCAUUGCCCGCGCCCGCUGCCGGGCCCACCCCACCCUCGCUGAACACCCAAACUUUGACGACCUCGCCCUUCGCGGCCCACCCCUCAUCCUCGGCCUUCGCCGCUUCUCACGGGCACCCGCUCCUAUCCACGGCCCAUCUUACAACCCCACAUCAUCCUCUCCACCCAAGCCCCUUACACGCCAGCGUGGCAGGCCUCGCCGACCCCCUGCUGAAGAGUGGACACUUGCAGGCAGCCCUCCCGCCCGCACACCUCGUGGCAGACGCCAUGGGCAAACUGGGCAGCAAUCCUUUGGCUGGACUAGCAGCCUUAGGCCUUGGAGGUCUUGCCACACCGGCAAAUACGGGUGGUCUUAAUCCAGCAGCGUUAGCUGCAUUGGCUGGAAGCCAGCUGCGUACGAACAACACGAACAGGCAGCAACCGGCGGCGAACAAUCAGACGCAUGAGAUGACCGUGCCAAAUGAGCUGAUCGGUUGCAUCAUUGGGAAGGGCGGUACCAAGAUCGCCGAGAUCCGUCAGAUCUCCGGCGCCAUGAUCCGAAUCAGCAACUGUGAGGAGAGGGAGGGCGGAGCAACGGACCGCACGAUCACCAUAACCGGGAACCCGGACGCCGUGGCGUUGGCACAAUAUCUCAUCAACAUGAGGAUAUCGAUGGAGACGUCGGGGGUGCCUAUGCCCGCGUAUCACUUCAUCCCACCGGACCACAUUGUGAAAUCGCCCAUCCACUAAAUGUGGAGAGCCGUCGUGGUCGUUGUCGUCGUCGAAAGGACGCGGAAGCAUCGCGGAAGCGCGCGAAGCUGUCAGUGGCAUAUGGGGCUGGGCCACACACUGUGUUCAGCUUGCAAAUCGAUACACUUGCAAAAAGAAACAAGACACACGACAGUGAGAAAGAGACAGAGAGAAAGAAAGAGAGAGAGAGAGGGAGGGAGAGAAAGAGAGAGAAAGAGAGUGAGAGAAAAAGAGACACACAUAAUACGUACUCACGUAGGACACUCGCACGUAUUCAGAAAGGAGUCUACUUGUGCGCGCUUUAAGUAACCGUGUACGUUAAAAUCGAACAUAUUCUAAUACUACAGAUAUACGUAAAAAAAACGCGUACACAUAUAUAUAUAUAUAUAUAUAUAUAUAUAUAUAAUAUACAUACAUACACAUACACGCGACACAAUGAAGCGAGAGUUAAAACGUACAUGGAAAAAUGAUGAAGAUACGCACGCGCGUACACAGACACACUUGAGUGUACAAAACUGUACAAAAAGUUAUUUAAACAAAAGAACAAAAAAUAAUGAUGCACGCCGCAGCCGCGAGCUGUUGCCGAUUGGUAAAGGGAACAAGCCAAAGAUAUGUUAGUUUUCAUUUUUAUAUUUAAACGAAAAAAAAAAUGAUGACGCGAGACGGGAGAGAAAUACGAGAGAAUUAUUAUUAUUAAUUAUAUUACUACGAACGAUGAUGCUAAAUAAAUAUUAGGCCGAUUGUUAGCGUUUUUUCUAUUGCGGAUACACCGUCGCGCCGACGGUUUUCGCGAUCUUAGUUACUUCAUCCGAAAGAAAAGCGACAACGGAAGUGCAGCUGGUAUCACGAGACCGUUGUUCA